CCGUCUCUUGUUUUCUAUAAAACGAAAUAAAUAUAAAACUCUUAUAAAAUUAUUUUGUUUAUUCGAUAAUCAUUCAAUAAUUGUUGGAAUACUAGUGUUCAACAGAAUUAGUUUAAAAGAACCAUUUUUCAAUUCAACAAUCUAGUACAAAUAGUGCAAUGAUUGAAUAGAAAAAACAAUAACAGCAAUGUUAACCUAAAAUAAAAUGUCAAAACAGUUAACGAAUGGUGUUAUUGAAAAAAUGAAACUAGUGAUAAGAAUAUUAAAAUAAUUUCAAUUAAUCUUAAAAAAUGGCUCAUUUGUAUAUGAACUAUUGUGGUAAUUAUAACAAAAAUGAAGAAGUAGAUGAGAACACAAUUUACAAGAAAAAAUAUAAAAAAUUGAAGAAAUUAGUUAAAGAUACUGUGUUUGAAAAUGCAGCUUUGUGUGAUCAAGUAGCUCAAACACAAGAAACUUUAGUAAUAGCAAAAGAAGAGAGAUUAUUUUUAUUAAGGAAAUUACUCCAACUUCAAGGAGAACCACAAGACUCUUCAUCAUUAUCAAAUAGAAUUCAAAUAAAUCAUGUAAAUAACUUUCACAUUAAUUCUGAUGUGUCUACACCUAAAAGAAGUACAAAAAAGCGCAAUUCACUAGAUACUUUAAAUCUAAGUGGAGAAAUCAACCCUAAAACCAAGGCAAAAAGAUCUAAUAAAGCAACUAGAAGAGUAGUACAAUUAAUUCCGCUAGACAUACACGGUAGACCAUUGUUCCCAAUUUCUCUUGGUGAUCUCACUGUUUAUUCACUUGGAGAAGUAGUAUCGGAUCGUAUUCAUUAUCAUGCUGAAGAUGUUAUCUAUCCAGUGGGCUUUUGCAGCACAAGAUUAUAUGCUAGUCUUAAAGAUGUUCAUUCACAAAGUCUUUAUACCUGUAAAAUACUGGAUGGAGGAUCAAAACCGAGGUUUGAAAUUGUCUCAGACACUGACUUAGAUCAACCACUAGUCGGUUCCAAUCCAGACGAAUGUCAUUCACGAUUAUUAACUGCAAUUUCGCCAAUUCUUGGAAACAUUAUGCCAAAGGGCGCUUGCUUUUUUGGUCUUUCGCAUCCGACAAUACAAAAUCUGAUCCAAAGUUCACCAGGAACACGAAAACUUGUUUUGUAUAAACCUCAGAAAUUCGAAGUCAGUAAAAAUUCGAUAAAUGAAAAUGGAUUCAACUCCAUACCAGAAGAGGAAAAUGAUCCAAGCAUUAAUUUUACAGCUUUACAUCGUGCAUUUGUGUUAAAUUCAGGAUAUGGAAUCAAAGAAGAACCUAUGGAACAUGAGCUCUGUGCUGUUCAAGAUCUAGCAUAAUAUUUAAAUUAAUAUAAAUUAAAUACCUUAUUGUAUAUAUUUUUAUAAACGAAUAUUUUGUUUCAUGA